GCUUCUUUGUCGUCUGGUGGUGGUGUACCAUUAUCACCAAAGCCAUUGGUUGCUAACCUGAACAACGCUUCAAUUGCUGGACCAAGUUCUACUGAAAUGAGACGUUCUUCAUCCAGUGCAUCUAUACAUUCUAAUGCUUCUCAGUCUUCCGCCUCUAAAUACAUUCAAACUACCAUGCUUGUUGGUGACGUUAGAGAUAAGGUAUGUAUUAUCAUUGAUGACUUGGUAGAUACAUCAUACACUAUUAAUCGUGCCGCUAAACUACUGAAAGAUCAAGGUGCGAAGAAAGUUUAUGCAAUUAUUACACAUGGUAUAUUUUCCGGUGACGCACUAACAAGAAUCCGCUCAAGUAAGAUUGACAAGCUUGUAAUUUCUAACUCUGUUCCACAAGAUAGAACAGUGAGCAUAUUAGGUAA